CAGUUACUUUCCCAGUUGGCCAACAGUUUGUGCUAGCACUUCUGGGCGUUUAGUGUUUAUCAAUGAUAAAAGAACGGAAUGAGUUUUAAACGUAGAUGAUAAGUUAUUCGAAUAUUUACCAUGCGUAUGCAAAAUGAGCAAUUUUCCUAAUUGCUGCCAACACUUAUCAACUCAACUAGGCUCUUUGCAUUUGAAGAUGAAAUGGGCAUUAUUUCAACGGUGCUACUCUUCGGUUUAGUGAAAAGUUUGGAAGCAAUUCACUGUGACAAAAUCUUCAACUACCACGAGAACUACGGGUAUGGCUUUGACAUCACGUGCGAGGGACUCUCCAACAAGAACAAGGAAAUGCUCAUGGACAUAUCGGUCUCAAACGAAAUUGUCCUGACGAUCAACAACUCAGUCCUCACCGAGGUCGCCCCAAACUUAUUCCAAAAUGUUUCAAAAAUCAGGUUUCUAAUCAUCAAAAACUCGCUGUUUGUUUUCAACCCGAGCGAGUACAUUUUUGCAAAUUUGCUGGCUUUGGAGCAUCUAAUUAUCGAAAACACGGUGUUUGGUGGUCACAACUUGUACGUCCUGCAAGAUCUAAGUGAGUUAAAGGAGCUGCGUCUUGUCAACACAAGUCUGGAGAUUAUAAACAAUGGAACUUUUCGCAACUUGAAAAAAAUCGAAACUUUGACUUUAACAAAUAAUCGCUUCAAAAAUAUGCUCGCGAUCCCGUUUUGUGAAUUGCCGGCACUAAAAUACCUCCACUUAGACAGCAACAAUAUCAAACAAAUUAGCGGAAACUUUAUUUCUUGUUUUCGGAAAGAACAAACAAAUCUAAAAUUAAACGGAAUGCGGUAUACAAUUCAAUACGAAAAUGCUCAUCAUAAGAAAUCAGACUCGAAUUUAGUGCAUUUGAACGUAAGUAAUAAUCAAAUCGGGUUUAUUGACAACUUUGAGUGGGCCUUGAAUUUGAGGCACAUUGAUUUGAGCAACAACCGGCUUGUGAAUGUGAGUAGAAAAAUAUUCAGUGUUUUGGGCGAUUUGGAAAAACUCGAUCUUGAAAAUAAUCUAAUUAGGGUCAUUGAUUCGGAAGCUUUCUCGGGGCUUAAAAACCUAAAAGAGAUUAACUUGAAACGAAAUUUUUUAAACGAACUUAGUUUAAAAAACUUGCCGAGUUUGGAGGAAAUCAAUUUAGGGAAUAAUAAUUUAAAAUCUGAUAGUUUAGCUAGUUUUGUUAAUUUACCCAAACUCAAGUCGCUGCUUUUGCCGAAUAAUUUUAUAAAAGAAUUGCCUCCAAAUAAUUUUACUAGUUUAGAAGUUCUAGACUUGUCUAGCAACAGUGUGAUUUUACAAGAUAAAGUAUUUAAAAACCUAGCCAAUUUAAAACAGUUGAAUUUGAAAAACAACAGUUUGGAAAUUAUCCCAGUCGAAGCGUUCGUAGGUUUAUCAAAUCUGGAGAUUUUGGACAUUUCGUUAAACGUGUUAGAAUCGUUUGAAAACUCUCACGUUUUUGCAGAUUUGCGCAAUUUAAAAGUUUUGAACUUGUCGGACAAUAUCAUACAACAUUUAAAUUACGACUUAGUUAAACCUUUACAUAAUCUCCAAGUACUUGACAUUUCAGGAAACAAAUUGCAGACUUUUCAGAUUAAUGUGAUUUCCUUGUUGCCUUCCCUCCAGAUACUUAACAUUCGAUCAAAUUUGUUAUCGUGUAGUGUUCUGGCGAAGAUUAUUGUUUUUUUGAAAAGCAAACACAUAGACUAUACAAUAAACGAAGAACUUGAGUAUGAUAAGCAGAAUAUUGGGGGGAUAUAUUGUAAGGAAGUAACAACCACGAGUCGUGCUUUAUCUUCACCUCUUGCAAUCAUAUUUCUUGUUGUUGCCACUAGUGUUUUCAUUUCUUUUAUAUUUUAUAGAUGUUUGUUGUUUUCCAAGAGGAGGAGAUAUUUUAUGGACGAAAUUGAGCUAAUUUAGUCCUAGUUCAGUAGAUUGUAAUACUGUUGUACCUAUCACCUGUAGUAGAUAAUUUAUUGAAUAAUUGUAAUAAUUUAGGACAGUUGAUUGUGAAUUAAAGAUGUAUUUUUGUUA